AUGGUUUUAUUGGAUGAACAGGGUGGUAGGAUCCACGCCACUGUCAAAGGUUCUUUGCCGGUGCAAAAGAAAAUCCAUGAAGGAGAGCCAACCAAGUAUCAGUAUCGUUUGUCUUUCAACUUGAGGACUGAUGUUAAAUCAAUUGUUGAUUCUGAUAUUUCUUCAAGUAAAUUUGAUUUUGUUGAUUAUGACAUCGUUGAGAAAGAAACGUCAGACUCUCCUUAUUUAGUCGACGUCAUUGGUUUAAUCUCAGGAAUUGGGGAAGUUUGUGAUCGUGUGGUUUCUGGUAGGAAGACAAAAAUGGUAGUGUUGGAGCUUGACAGCCUGAGGGGUCACAAGCUGGAGUGCACUUUGUGGGAGCAAUAUGCGGAUGAGGUGCAGUCUUUUUUGGCAAAUAGUGACACUCAUCAUAACGUCCUGAUAGUCCAACUGGGAAGGAUAAAAUGUUUUAGGGGUAAGGUCGGGAUAACAAAUACAAAAUAUACAACAAGGAUUGUCAUGGAUUCGAAGGUGCCAGAGAUCGUUGAGUUCAAAAAAUGUCUUUCGGCUGAUGGUGUGGAAAGCAGUUUGAGGAUGACUCAGUUGUCUACUCAGUCCUCCUAUUCUUUCGAAAAGGAUUUUCUUAGGGAGACUGAAAAGAAGUCUAUCAGAGAUGUUAAGCUUUGUGGUGAGGUUAUGACAUGCAUCACGUACGGGACUAUAAAAGCUAUUGAGAGCAAAUACAACUGGUGGUACAAGUCUUGCAAAAAAUGUCCAUUUUUCGUUUGUGAGGAUUUUGAAAAAUUUAGUGUUCAGGUCAGAGUUGUGGAUAACACAUAUUUCGCGUCAUUUCUUCUGUUUGAUCGCGACUGUAUGUCUUUGUUGGGAAUGAGUGUUGGUGAAGUGCGCGAGCUGCAUUUCAAGAGGGGUGCAGAUUUGGAUCAAUUUCCAGAAGAGUUAAAUGUUCUGAAUGAGAAGUCAAUGUUGUUCAAGAUAAAUGUGAAGCAAAAGGAUUUGAACUCAUACAGUGAGCCCAAAUAUCAAGUUUCUAAAAUUUGUAUGAGCGAAGACGUGAUCUCAGCGUUCAUUAAGUCUCUUAUAGAUCCAAAUGAUGAAGCAAAUUUCGAUAAUGCUCGCGAAAAUGAAGUUGUAUCGUCGGAACCAGAAAAGGCUGCGACUUGUGAUAGUGCUGACAUUGGUGAUAUCUCUCUGACGAUGUUGACACCUGUGAUCAAUUCUCAUGAUUCCAUUGCUGGAGAAUUUAAAUUUUCAGCUGUUCAGACGGCGAAGAGAAUAAAGCUUGAAAAAGAGUUACAUUUGAUGCAGAAGCAGAUGAGAAUACCCCGUAGAUUGGGCUACUGUGACUGA